CCACGCGCCCACGCAGCACUGCGGGCGCCGCCACACGUCGCUCCGACUCCGAAGCCCUUGCACUUUAACCCCAUGGAGGCUGGAUCCCCCCGCCCGCCAUCGCCCAGCGACCAACGAACUCUCCCCUUCCAUCCGCUCUCUCGCCUCGCCAUGGCAGACCGGCCGCCGCUCGGGCCACGCGCAGCCCCGCCCAGCCCCACCGCCGCCCGGCGCGGCCACGCGUCGGCGUCGGCGGAGCGCCAGCAGCGCUCGCUGCUCGGACGCGCCGUCCAGACGUUCCACCACGUCCACGGCUCCACCACCCAGCUCCUGGGCUUCCUCGCGCUUGCCGUCACCCUGACCGCGCUCCUGGUCCUGGCGGGCGUCACGCUCACGGCCGCGCUCGCCGCGCUGGUCCUCCUCAGCCCGCUCGUGCUCCUCACCCUCCCGCUCUGGGCGCCCGUAGCGGUGGCGGCGCUGCUGACGGGGGCCGUCUCGCUGAUCGCCUGCUGCGCCGGCGUGGCCGCCGUCGCCGCGGGCACGUGGGCGCACCGCUACUUCACGGGGCGCCACCCCGUCGGCGGCGCGCACCGGGUGGAGUCCGCCGCUGACCACGACCACUACGCCCGCGGGGGCACGGUCGCGGACGUGGCCAGCCGAGUGAGGGGGUACUACGACGCCUACGCGCGAGAGUACGGCGGGUACCCGCCGCGCCCGCACGCUCGGGUCAAGGACGCCGCGCCCGGGGCGUAGCGUAGCCCGUGUGCCGGCGCGGCAUGGUUGAUGAAUCAUGGGGCCUCGGGACUCGAGGUCGGAUCACAUGUUAAUUUUUAGCUGUCUUUUUUUUUUUGCUCGUGCUGUUCAUAUGGUUCGUCGUUGUAGCAGUCGUGUUUCGCUAGAAGCGGUAUGGCCAUGUAAUUUGGAUUUUUAAAGGGUCUUGACCUAUUUCUUGUUUUGAUUUUUGAACGGACUUGCAUUUACAGUUUCUAUCUGUAUAGAAAAAUUCAUAAA